AUGCUGAAAUCGUUGGCGUAUACAGCCCUUCUCGUGGGAGGAGCAAGCUGCCAAAAUGUUGCAACCUACGUCAACCCGGCCGUCCCAACGGGCGUGCCAAUCGAGGGCAACUACACUGGCGGUCUCCGUCCCCAGGUUCACUUUUCGCCUCCGCAACAUUUCAUGAACGACCCCAAUGGCAUGUUUGUCGAUGCCAAUGGCACGUGGCACAUUUACUACCAGUACAAUCCCACCGGAAACGCCGCUGGCAAUCAGCACUGGGGACAUGCCACCUCUGAGGACCUGUACCACUGGGUAAACCAGCCCAUUGCCCUUUUCCCUCCAGAGGAAAUGGUCUAUGUAUUCUCCGGCUCUGCAGUAGUCGAUGUGAACAAUACUUCUGGAUUCUUCCCAGACCAGGACAAUGGUGUGGUUGCCAUCUUCACGUUGGCCCGUUACUACGAAGACGGUUCUGCCGGGCCGCAGACUCAGAACAUUGCCUAUUCGCACGACGGCGGCUACACCUUUGAGUACUAUGAUGGAAACCCGGUGAUUGACAGCACGAGCAGUCAAUUCCGCGACCCCAAGGUCAUUUGGUACGAGGACCACUGGGUUGCAGUCGUGGCGUGGUCGCAAGAAUUCGUCGUGGGCAUCUUCACCAGCCCCGACUUGAAGAACUGGACGCACGCCUCCAACUUUUCGCACCACGGCCUGCUGGGCACCCAGUACGAGUGUCCCAACCUCGUCAAGAUGCCCGUGAGGGACGAGGACUACAAUAUUGUCGACAGCAAGUACGUCAUGACCAUUUCGGUCCAGCCUGGCGCGCCUCUUGGAGGAUCCAUCACCGAGUAUUUCCCUGGCGACUUCAACGGAACGCACUUUACAACCCUUGAUGAUGCCACGCGCCUGACCGAUUUUGCCAAGGACAACUAUGCUGCGCAGUACUUUUACGGCCUGCCUGAUGACGAGAAUGCAGUCAACCUGGGUUGGGCCUCCAACUGGCAGUACGCCCAGACGGUCCCGACCGGCAAUCUCGAGAACUGGCGAAGUGCCAUGACUCUGCCGCGGGCCAACUACCUCACCAACGCGACGCGCAUAGGCUGGGUGGUCAUCAACGAGCUCUACGACCCGACCCCCGUCUUGGACGCACCGCUGAAUGAGUCCACCAUUGGCAACGGCACCGUGACGGUCGAUUACUCGGACGUCUCGUCCAACGCGCUGUACAUUGAGGCCAACGUGACGGGACUAAACACGACGCAGCUGACGUCGUACUCGACGCUCAACAUCACUUUUACGUCUCCGGCUUCAGGCGAGGCACUUCGCUCCGGAUUCUUCUUUAGCGGUGACACGCCCUUUUUCGUGGACCGCGGCCUUAUUCGCGGCUUUGACAAUGUCUUCUUCACGGACAAGUUCUCCGUUGCCGACGUCUACAGCGAUGGAACCGGCAAGACCCUGGCGUCCUGGAGCGUGCAGGCAUUCAUCGACCGCAGCAUUGCCGAGUUCUUUGUCGACGGCGGUGUACAUGCCAGCACCGUGCUCUUCUACCCGACGCAGCCCCUUACCAGCGCCAGCGUCGCCACUCGGGACCUGCCCGCCGGGGCCGAGGUGAGCGUUGCCGUGUGGUCGGUUGCCAGCGCGUGGGCCGAGUACGAGAACGAGAACGGAACGGUGGUCGGCAAUGUGACCCAGUCUAGUUCCUCCUCUACUUCGAGCAAGAGGUACAAGAUGUACGAGGGCAAGUUUACUGCAUAA